AUGCCCCGCACUGCUGUGAAGGGCCAAGUCCUCGCAGAUCUGGUAGCUGAGUUUUUCGAACCCUCACCAGAAGAAGGGGGAGGGGUACCGAGCACAGACGAAAAACUGGUUGGCACAGUCUCUCAGCAAAAGCCCACUUGUUGGAAAGCAUACGUUGACGGCGCGGCCAAUCAAAGGGGCUCUAGGGUGGGGCUCGCCCUAAUUUCCCUCGAGGGGAUUACCAUCGAAAAAUCGCUAAGACUGGGCUUCUUGGCCAUGAAUAACGAGGCAGAAUAUAAGGCCCUGUUGGAAGGAAAGUCUAUGGUCGAGAAACUGGGUGAGAAAUCCAUAAACAUGUUCUCGGACUCAAGACUUGUUGUAGGACAAGUAAAUGGGGAAUUGGAGGCAAGGGAUGAAAGAAUGCAAGAGUACCUAGUCCAAGCUAAGCGCUUGCGGGCGCGUUUUAACUUUUUCAGCCUAAUACAUGUAUCCAAGAGCGGAAACACCCAUGCUGAUUCUCUUGCCACGCUAGCCACCUCCUCGGUGCAAUGCCUACCUCGAGUUAUACUCGUGGAAGAUCUACACAGGCCCUCGGUGGUAAAAGCCGGGAUGAUGCAUGUUCACAACGUCAGGGCAGGGCCUAGCCGGAUGGAUCCUUUAAUACUGUUUUUAAAGAAGGAUAUCUUAUCCGAAGAGAAGAGCGAGGCCGACAAGAUUAGAAGAAAGGCUUCUCGAUUCUGGCUGUCCGAGGACUUGAAACUGUAUAAGCGCUCAUUUUCAGGACCGUACUUGCUAUGCGUACACCCAGAUGCCACAGAACUUAUCUUAGAGGAAUUGCAUGAAGGAAUUUGUAGGAGCCAUACCGGGGGUUGGUCCAUGUCCCAUAAGGCCAUAACCCAAGUGGGGAACAAAAGGUUCCUUCUCGUCGGCACUGAUUAUUUCACAAAAUGGGUCGAAGCCGAGCCACUGGCAAACAUUAGAGACGUAGAUGCUAAGAAAUUUAUUUGGAAGAACAUCGUCACCAGGUUCGGAGUCCCUCACACCCUAAUCUUGGACAACGGUCUCCAGUUCGAUAGUAAGGCUUUCAAAAGGUAUUGCAGCGAAUUGGGAAUUGCAAAUAAAUACUCCACACCGGCUUACCCACAGGGGAAUGGGCAGGCUGAAGCUGUCAACAAAGUCAUAGUAAAUGGGUUGAAGAAAAGGUUAGAUGACGCGAAAGGGAGAUGGGUAGAAGAAUUGCCCCAUGUCCUGUGGACAUAUCGCACCACGCCACGCAGAUCCACAGGGGAGACCCCAUUUUUGAUGACCUAUGGAGCUGAGGCUGUCAUCCCUCUAGAAACAAACUUUCCAACGCUAAAGACCAGCAAUUCUGUCCUAAUGUUAACAACAGGCUGCUGGAAAAAAGCUUAG